CCCUGCGCGUUGUGUAAUGGUACAGCCCAUGGCUCCCCUCCCUCUCGCACUCUCACUGCUGCCGUUUUUUUCAUGUUGUUGUUGCAAGCUGUGAGCUCAGCUGAUGAGUCAGAGCCAUGCAGUCAUUCCACUCUGCACCCAGCAGCUACUGCCUUUGCACAGCAAGACCCAGGGAGAAAACGCUCUUACCUUGUAGCUGAAGCACGCUUGUGAAAUCUGGGACGCACCCUUUACUCCGCGGCGAGUCGCAGAGGUCAGAAGUCAGUCGCGGGAGCAGACUUUUGCAGGCAGCGUUUAGAUUAUUUGCACGGAAGUACAACUUUGGGUGUGUGUUGCUGGUGUGAGACGGGAAGGAGAGGCAAUUGGAUAUGUCUAGCUCGGCCGUAGCUUUGUUUGCUGGAACUUGAAUCCCAUCAUUUGGAGAGUUAAAUGUUUUCACACUGCUGAAUCUAGCAGGAUCUGAGGAACAGUACAUACCUCCGCCCCUUUCUGGGAACCUGCUACUUUUAAAGUUAUUUCUGUCCUCUCACUUACUGCCGAGGAGAAAUCUCCAAGGUUUACAUGUGUGUUGAUUACCAUGAAUCUGCAGCCUCAGCAGAAGGCUUCAAAUAAGAGAACAGGAAAGAGAAUUACGUUCUUCAACGAGCAGGCCCCUCCGGUUGCAAGUAAACUGCCUCAGGUGAAAGAGCAGCAGUUUUAUGGGACCGCAGUUAGGCCGCCAGUUCCUCAGGCUACAGAUUUUUCCAAGGUGGACGGCCUCGCUUCUGCUCCUUCUAGCAAUAUGCUUAACACAGUUAUGUAUACCCAGGAAAGGCCUGAUGCUAUGAGAGCGAAUCAGCAGCAAGUUCCUGGUAAAUGGAAUGUAUCUGAAAGAACUGACCCUACCUGGCAAGCUCAGCCUGCUUCUAUGUGGCCGAGAAACCCAGGCGGAUAUGGUGUCACCAUGGUUUCUUCUUAUUACAACCAUCAUGAGCCACAAAAGAGGAGCCAGGACAAAGCAGUGGGAGUGUCUCAGUCAGAUAUGUAUGGGGAUGCUUUGCAACAGAUGAUGUCUCAGAAAGCCCAAUUGGAGCAACAUACGCUUGCGCAACAGCAGGCUCAUUUAAACUCUGUUUUACAGGCUCAGCAGCAGCAGCAGCAGCAAAUACAGCAACGGCAAACACAGCAAUUGUCUUUGCAGCCUUUUCAAAUGGCAUUUGGACACCAAGGCCAGAAACAAGCUCUUUCUGAACUGUUCCAUGUGUUUCCUAAUGCCUCCUCUAAUGCUGCUUUUGCCUCCCAGCAGAAACAGCAGACAGCUCUACCUCAGAUGCAACUGUUUGAGAACUUUUAUCCAACCCAGCAACAGCAGGCAACCUAUGGCAUUCAGCCAGCUGUCCCUAUGGGCCAGCCUCAUGGGGUGGCACAGCAGAAGAUGCACGUGAUAAGCCAGACUCAGCUUGCUCCUGCAUCACAGGAAUACACAAAUGUUGUUGCAGAGCACAACCAGCAGACCGUGCUGCCCAAGGCUCAGAUUCCUUUACCAAGGAGGUCACGCAGACUUUCUAAAGAAGGCCUCCCACCAUUAGCCCCUUUGGGGAUCGCUCAGCCUCAAGUAACGAAUCAGUACAUACAAAAUCCUUAUGAGCAUGCAGUACAACAUCAAGUAGAGGCACAUGAGCCUUACAAGAGGGGAUACCAGCAAAUGCCAAGGGAUACCCAAAUAAUAACUCAGGACAAAAUCUGUGGUCAUCUCCCUGAACUAGAUAAGGCGCCUCUGCCUCAGAAUGGUAGAGCAGGGGAAAUGCAGCCUCUAAUUGAUCAAAGUGGGCCAGAAAAAAAUGACCCUCUUGCUGGAGGUACUGGCGGCGUGAUCCAGACUAUAAGACGGCGACGCCGUAUAUCCCAGGAAGCCAAUUUGUUUACUCUGGCCCAGAAGGCAUCUGAACUGCCAUCUCUUCAAAACACUAAGCUGGAUGCAGAUACAUCGGGGGAUAAGAAGAAGAGCCAGGAAUCAAGAGUCAGUGUGGACUUUGCAGGACCUCCGACCAACAAGAGGAAUAGAGGAGAUGGUGACUUGAGACCUCUAGUAAUGCCUGUCUCUGUACCGGUGAGGAUGGAACCUGGGAAAGAAAAGGGAGAAGAUGCAAAGAUGGAAAAGACCGCAGGCUCUGAAAGAGACUCCUCAGCAUCUAUGCCAUCUGUGAUAGUGACACGGAAUAGAGCUGGACAAACAAAUCUAAGCGAAGCAUCAGCACUGAAAAAUGAAGCUUCUCCAUUAUCCGAAGGGGAAACCCUGUCCAGAAAACCAAAGCAGCGACCUAGACCUGAACCUCUGUUUAUUCCUCCUAAACCUGGCACCUUUAUUGUCCCUGUCCUAUAUUCCAACAUUACCCCAUACCAAAGCCACCUUAGAUCACCUGUACGGGUUCCUGAUCACCCGUGUGACAGAAACUUUGAACUGCCACCUUACACCCCCCCACCCAUACUCAGUCCUGUACGUGAGGGCUCAGGACUGUACUUCAAUGCUAUCAUAUCGGCCAGCACCCAAGGAAUGCCUCCACCAGUCACACCCAAGAGCAGCACACGGACUCUGCUGAGAUCGACAGAUAGUGUGGAUGACAUGCCGCCUUUGCUCACAGCGAUGGGAGAAGCCACCCCAGUUAGCAUAGAGCCGCGUAUUAAUAUUGGCUCACGGUUCCAAGCAGAAAUUCCAGAUCUUAGACACCGAAGUUCAGCCACACAUGACGAACAGAAAGCAAAUCUAGUGUGGCAACCAUGGGACGAAUCUGGCAACAACCAAGGGAAAGUGGAAGAGCUACUUACAGCAGCUUGUUCCAGUAUCCUGCCAGGAGGAGGCACCAAUCAAGAGCUGGCACUUCAUUAUCUUCACGAGACCAAGGGAAAUGUUCUGGCUGCUCUGGGCCAGCUGCUUCUGAAAAAACCCAACCGAAGUAGAAAUCAUCCUCUUUGUAAUUAUCAUUACUCAGGAUCAGAUAGAUGGUCUGUUGAAGAGAAAAGGCUUUUUAACAAAGGAAUGGCAAUUUACAAAAAAGACUUUCUGCUGGUACAGAAACUGAUAAAGACAAAGACUGUGGCUCAGUGCGUUGAGUUCUACUAUACCUACAAAAAGCAGGUGAAAAUUGGCCGCAAUGGAAUGUUGAUCUUUGGAGAUGCUGAGCCUGUAGCAGACGAGAAAAACCCAAGGGAAGAUUCUGAGAUUAAUAUAAAGAGCUCUCAUCGAAUACCACCUGUUAUCCCUCCCAGAAGAGAGUUGCUAGUAGAGAGAACAGCAGAAGAAUUAACUGCAGAUAAGGGGUUGGAGGAGACCAAGAUACAAGUGAAUUGUAAUGAGUUGGAGGAGGAAGAGAAGAUGCCCCCAACAACUAAGGUCACCCAAACGCUUGAAGCCAGUGAAACGGUAAACGAUACUCUAAUCCUGAGAAACCAGGAGUCAAACACAAGGGUGGCAGAUCACUCUUCCAAAGCAAGAGGAAGGCGACCAAGAAAUAAGUUUUCACCAGAAUGCACCAAAAAACCGGAGGUCCAAAACAAGCCCCCGGAGCAGGAAGGCACUUUCCCUUGCAAAAAAUGUGGCAGGGUAUUCUUCAAAGUGAAAAGCCGCAGUGCCCAUAUGAAGAGCCAUGCGGAGCAAGAGAAAAAAGCUGCAGCACAGAGGCAAAACGAGGCGGCGGCGGCGGCAGCAGCAGCGGCGGCAGCUGCCGCCCAGGCUGCCCUGCAAGCAAGAGCACGGUAUAAAGAGAGCAGUGAGAGCGAGAGCAGUAGCAGUGACAGUAGCAGCAGCGAGAGCUGUGACAGUUCGGAUGAUGGAGAAAUCUAAGGAGUUGUGGAUGUGAGCAGGUGCUCCCCCAGAGGCUGGAUCCUCUUUCUACUCUUCUUCAUUAUUUCCCAUAAUCUUUAAAGCAGCAGCAGCAGAGCCUUGGCGUUGGCUCAGCACAAUGAGCUACUGUGUCUGCACAGAUCAAACAUCCAGCCAUGUGUAAGAAAGCCUGGGACUUUUUUUAUGCACAAGUAUUUAUUAAGGGAACACUCAUAAGACCCACUGUGUAUUUUGGAGUGUAGAGUACUGGUUUUUUUUUAGUCUAUGCCUGUAUAGUUUGCCACACCUUGAACAAAACCCAGCAACUCCCGUUUCGGUUUUUGGGCAUGUUGUUUCUGUUCACUGAGGCUUUCUUGUACAAGAGCUUUCACUAAAAAACACAAUUUACUGUUUUGUACUUGAUCGCAGGUCUUUUUCUUAACCAAAACUCCAGUUAUGUGUUGUCAUUUAGACACAAACCCACCAAGCUGGCAUUAUGUCCCACCUUUCCCCUAUGGCACUGCUGCUAUUUGCACAGCGUGGCCGAUGGCAAACAAGCUUUGUUUUGGUUUUCCUCUUCUGUAAAUGCAACUGCAGUGGUCAUAAAUAGAGACUAUGAAAUUGUAUAUACAAUAUCUAUUUUAUGUUUUGUAUAAAGAAUUAUAUAUAUAAAUAUAUAAAUUUUUUUUUUUUUUAUAUUAUUCUUGGGAGACAAUCUGUGAGAAAAGGGUUUGGUCUGAGUGACCAAACUCCCUGUCUUCUUCACCACCAGAGGCUCCAGGGCUUUCUAACCAUUGCAGUGCAAUGUGUUGGUGUGACCUCUGGAAGCCGGUGGCUAUUGAUAACUGGUAAUCGAUAACUGCCUUACGUUCUUGAUCUGCGUCACAGUCCGCUGAAAAUUGCAUUGUUAGGAACUGCGACAGCAGAUGUUCAAAAAUCAACAGUAUUCUAACACUUUUCAGUUAUAAUUGGUAGCUUUGACAAGCAAUACAGAAGGGAUUCAGUAUAUAUACCAUAAUAAUCACUUGGAGGCUUCAACUCGCAGCAGUCCUUUCCAUUACUGAACAGCUCAUAUGCGCUUGGGAGUUGCAACCAAACCCAAUCAGAAAUGAGGGCGGGUGCUGCAGAAUGUUGGAGUCCACAUCUGUAUACUGUGUGCUGCUUAAAUACAUUUUGUUAUAUUUUGAAUUAUUUUUUUAUGGCCACAAUAAAAAAAAAAGUCUGUAAUUAUCACAA